CAGAGAUGAUUAAUUGUCUAAAGAGAACUUAUGGUACUACAUUGUAUUAUAUCAGCGCCAUAAUCCCAAACUUCUCAUUUAGCUUGUCGUUACCAAUAUUUCCUUUAAGUCUAUAAACAGAAAGGAUUUUCUUUUAAUAGAUUGAAAAAAGAUUCGAGUUGACACUACAUUCAGAUUGAAUUGAAUUCAUUUUGCAAUUGCAACGAUAGUUUUCUUGGGUGUUAGAAACAGAAAUUCAGUCUAAUGAAUAACACUGUGCCGGUAAAUGAAGAAAUAUCGAGACCUUUGGAAGAAACAUUGGCAAUAUGCAAGCAAUCAAGCCGACUGAUGCAGAAGAAUUUGCAGACUGGUAAAUUAAUGGACGCAUUUCGAAACUGCAGUAUCAGUCUGGUAGAGAUGAGGAACAAUGCUCUUUCUCCAAAGCAAUAUUAUGAGUUAUACAUGUUUACUACAGAAACCCUGCGGCGACUUGGUGAUGCAUUGCUUGAGACACAUCUGAACGGUACGCAUCAUUUGAUGGAUCUUUAUGAACUCGUACAGUAUGCAGGAAGUGUUCUUCCUCGCCUUUAUUUGAUGAUAACAGUAGGAAGUGCAUACCUGGAGACUCCAAAAGCUCUCGUUAAAGAAAUUAUGAAUGACCUGAUUGAUAUGUGUGCAGGUGUACAGCAUCCUUUACGUGGCCUAUUCCUUAGACAUUAUUUAUUGACACAAACUCGAAAAGGGCUACCGCAGGAUCCCGACGAUGAUAAUGCCGACCCGAAUAAAGGGACUCUUAUGGAUUCUGUUAAAUUUUUGCUCUUAAAUUUCACGGAAAUGAACAAGUUAUGGGUUAGGAUCCAGCAUUUAGGGCCCAUGAAAGACUACAUGAGGCGAACUCAAGAGCGAAACGAGCUUAAGGUUCUUGUCGGUCUUAAUCUCGUACGGCUCUCCCAGCUCAGUUUCGACCUUGAUGCGUACAAAAAUGUCAUUCUUCCAGCUAUUGUUGAACAGGUAGUAGAAUGCAGAGAUCCUUUAGCCCAAGAAUACUUAUCCGAGGUGAUUUGCCAAGUUUUCCCAGAUGAAAUGCAUUUGGAAACUUUAGACAUAUACUUUAAUACUAUCUUGAACCUAAACAAAAGCGUAGAUAUUACGCCUUUGGUUAUUUCUAUGCUGGAUAGACUUACUGCCUAUGUUCAGCGCGAAUGCGAAGCAGACUCUUCUGAUGGAGAAGGCUCACUAAAUCAAACAUUGGAGAACAUGGUACUUGAGAAUGGUCCUUCCGAUUCUGAAAAUAAAGUGUGCCCCGGAGAUAGAGUUAUUUCUCCCAAGUUAGCCAUUCAAGAGGUGCUAUGGACUUACAUUGUUGAUGUUUUUAACGCCCGUAGUGGUAUUUCUAUGGGCAGUAUUGUACAAAUACUGUCAAGUAUCCUAAAUUUUUUCUUGCAAUGCUACCCUUACAAAACCCAAUAUGCCGAUAGAGUAUUUCAGUUUAUAAAUGAACGCAUUCUUCAACAACCGUCUCUUCAAAAUGAACUGAAUGAGCGGUCUCUUCAGAAAUCUCUGUGUUCAAUAUUGUUGCUUCCUAUUGUCGCCUUUCCUUCAUUUUCGUACUGCUUAAACUUACCAAACUUUCUCCCUGUCUUCAAAGCACAGCCGAACAAUAUACGAUAUGAUAUAGCCAAAACAGUACUGGAAAAAAUCAUUGAAAAAGAACAGAUUACUAGCGAAUUGAAGGAUGUCCAGGAGCUCCUUGGGGUUAUUUCAGUGAUAAUCGAGAAUAAUGGCAAUGAUACUUUAGAAGACCUGAAAACAAUAGCUACCCUGGUUCAUUACCUACAUAAUGACGAUCCUCAAAUCCAGAUUGAGAUUUUACGUUGCUUGAAGGAUAACUUUGUGCAAGCUGGUGAGAAUGUUAAGUACUUACUUCCUGUGGUUGUGAACAAAUGUAUUUUUCUUGCCCGUGAAUUUAGAUUGUUUAAGUGUGUUGAUUGGGCUGAAAAAGUUCGUGUCCUAUGGGAUUUUGUUAAUGCUUGCAUCGUCAUUCUUUAUAAUCACGGUGAUUCUGCAGAGCUGUCCCUUAUCCUAUACCUUUUUGCCGCAGAAAUGGCCGAUGUUGAAAACUACCCGGAUUUUGCUUAUGAAUUCUUUACCCAAGCUUUUACUAUUUAUGAGGAGUCCGCUUUGGAUUCUCGAUUACAAUACCAGCAGCUAUUGAUGAUUACAGGAAAGCUUCAGAAAACCACAAACUUUUCUGUUGAUGAUUAUGAUACGUUGAUUACGAAAUGUACACUUUAUGCGUCAAAAUUGCUUAAGAAACCAGAUCAAUGCAGGGGAAUUCUUCAUGCAAGUCAUCUAUGGUGGCAGAACGAAACGAAUGAAGAAACAGUGUUAUUCAGGGAUCCCAAACGAGUUUUAGAAUGCCUUCAAAAGAGUCUAAAAAUUGCAGAUUCCUGCAUGGAUCAGAUUACCAGUUUAAAAUUGUUUAUUAAUAUCUUGGAACGAUAUUUUUACUACUAUGAUCAACGUUGCGAUUCUAUCCUUGCCAAACAUAUUGGCGGUUUAAUCGACCUGACUGAGCAAAACAUGCGAUCAUUGCUUACUUCCUCCCCAAAUGAUCUUAUUGCUAAUGAUCCCAAUGCUUAUGCUAGUUCCAUUUGGGAAACAGCGGGUGGUUUCUCAGUUGAUAGCAUGAGAAACCAUUUGGAGAGAACAACCAAUCUAGCAGAAAAGCGCUCUGAAGAUGAACGAUGGGCUAGUAUUUUUCAAUAGUUUAUUACUAGAUUAAAUCGUAUGAGCUACCGUUUUAUUACCGAAACUAUGUUGUGUUUCAUUUCACCUUAGACAAGCUUAUGAUUACAGCAAAUAUACAACUUAAAAUUAUUUAUUCUAUGAAGUAUAAAACCAAAGGCCUACUCUAUUACCUUAAAGGAGCAUGAAAAACAUACCUGAUGAGUUUUACGUCUCUAACGUUUUGGAACUACUUGAGAGAAAGACAAUUUUACCCACACACUCAUUUAUAGUAGAAAACGC